AUGACUAAGAAGGGGAGCGAGGAGCCUGCAAGCUCUGACACCAAGCAAGCUGAAGUAUGGCGGUCCUAUUCUACAUCACGUUUUUUCAGGUGGCCUCUUUGGCCGUACUCAUUCUUCAGCCGUGCUCAAAGAACUGAUGUUGGGGCAUCACAGGAAGAUACCAAUGCACCCCCCGAGACGGCUCAACCUCCGACUACCCCAGAGCCAGAGACUCGGGAACUCAGUCCAGUGCCUAGUAUCCAGGAAGAGAAACAUCAGGUGUCAUGGUUGAAGAAAAGAAGACGAUCCGCGAGACUGAACAAAAGAAGCGUCUCUCCCACCGAGGAAGCUCCCGCAACUCCGCCAUCUCCACCCAAGAAGACGAAGGUCAAAGGAGAGUAUUCGACCCCUGCGCCCCAAUCUUCCGUUCCAGAGGAAGACCCAAUUCAGACUCAGCGAGAAGGUACCGGUAGGACCUCGUCGCGCGAUAGACGCCAGUCACGACAUCCGGAUCCUACUGACGAGAAGACCAAACCCCACGACACAGACCAAGCACAGUAUCCUGAUCCUGCCGAUUGUCCUGCGUACUACCUGUGUGGGGCUACGUGGUUUUCUUACGAUGAUGAUGAAAUUCGUAAGAAGCUCAAGGUCAUACAAGAGCGUCUGCAGGAAUGGUCAGCGGAGUGGGUAACCGUAGAAAGGCAACUGUCCGACGAAGAAAAGCAGAAGCUAAUUGCUGGUGUGGAGGGAUAUUGUCUCCAAGGCGACUGGACCUCGUUGGUGGAGAGACUACCUUCCAAUAUCCUUGAGCUUCUCCCCCUCGUUCUCACUCAAGCCUUAGUGGCCAAGGACCUGUUUCAGAAUGUGAUCGAGGAUCCAUUUUUCUAUCUCAACGAGGAUGGUGAGAAGUUGAACCUUCCGGCGUGCGAGACAAGUGGAAUUCGAGAAAGUGGCUCCAGAUCACAGUCCGCUUCCUAA